AUGAAGACCUUAGCAGCAAACAUCCAGAAACCUUUGCUAGAUGAUAGAUCUUACAAGUUUAUCGAACUAGACAACGGGAUUCGGUGUGUUCUCAUUCACGACCCAACAGCUGAGAUCUCAGCUGCUGCUUUAGACGUCAAUGUAGGUUCCAAUACCGAUAAAUCAUAUCAAGUACCAGGACUAGCACAUUUCUGUGAACAUUUACUUUUCAUGGGUACUGAAAAGUUCCCCAAUGAAAACGAAUAUUCCCAGUACUUAUCGAAACACGGAGGUCACUCCAAUGCUUAUACUUCGUUCGAACACACCAAUUAUUAUUUUGAAAUCAAUUCCAACUAUUUAGAAGGUGGUUUAGAUAUCUUCAGUGAAUUCUUCAAGACUCCGUUGUUUAAACAGUCUUGUAAGGAUAAAGAAAUCAAUGCUGUUGAUAGUGAGAAUAAGAAGAACCUUCAAAAUGAUAUGUGGAGGUUUUAUCAGCUUGAAAAGAGUCUUGCUAAUGAGAAUCAUCCAUUUAACUAUUUUUCAACCGGGAACUUCACCACUUUAAACCAACCUGAUAUCGUUGAUACGUUAAAGAAAUUCUAUUAUGAGAAUUAUUCCAGUAAUAUCAUGAAUCUUACCAUUUCAGGUAAAGAAGAUCUUGACACCUUACAAGAAUUUGCUAUUAAAUACUUUGAACCCAUUGAAAAUCGUAAUGUUAAACCCAAAUCGUAUGGUGUACCGAUCUAUACACCAGAACAAUUAAUUACUGUAACUAAAAUCAAAUCAAUUAUGGAUUCCAAUAAGCUUGAAUUGAAUUUCAUCAUUCCUACGGAUUUAUAUGAUAAAUGGCAAUAUUCUCCUUCAAUUUAUUAUUCCCAUUUAUUUGGACAUGAAAGUAAAGGAUCGAUUUAUUAUCAUCUUAAUGAUUUAGGUUAUAUUACAUCAUUAAGUUGUGGCCAUUCAGUUAUUUGUAAAGAAUCAUCAGUUUUCUUAAUUGACAUUGAAUUGACAGAUUUAGGAUUGAAAAAUUAUGAUUUUAUCUUACAAAAUAUCUUCCAGUACCUUCAUAUGAUCAAAACCACUGCAAUAAGUGAAGAAAUCUUUGAAGAAAUCAAACAAAUCAAAAAUAUCGAUUUUAAAUUCAAACAAAAGCAAAAUAUUUCAUCAUAUGUAAGUAAAUUAUCCAAUUCUAUGAGUAAAUUUCAAAUAAUCCCCCCUGAAAUGAUCUUAAAUCAUCAAACAAUGAUUGAAUUUAAUCAAUUAGAGAUUGAAAAAUUCGGUGAAUACCUUGAUUUAACCAAUUUAAGAGUGAUUUUAUCAUCUAAUGAAUUCAAUUUCUCCCAAAAGGAACAUUGGUAUGGAACUGAAUAUUCAAAUGAUCAGUUAAAGCCUUUAAAGUCCAUUACUUUGAAUGAAAAUUAUCAUCUUCCUAAGAUAAAUCCAUUUUUACCUUCAAAUUUCAAAAUUUUUAAUGAAAAAUCCCUUCCUCUUAAGAAACCUUUCCUUUUGAAGAAUACUAACAAAUAUCAAGUUUGGUUUAAAUUCGAUGAUCAAUUCAGUAUCCCUAAAGUAUCAAUGAAUUUGUUCUUACAUUUACCUCAAUCCAAUCAUGAUAUGACAUCAUCAAUCUUAACUCAAUUGUAUUGUGAAUUAUAUGAAGAUAAACUUAAUGAUAUCAGUUAUUAUGCAUCAAUAGCUGGAUUGAACUAUUCCAUUAAUCAUUGGAGAGAUGGUAUUCUUAUCAAAUUGAAUGGUUAUAAUGAUAAGAUUUUGAUGUUAUUAACCGAAAUCGUCAAUUUCCAUGAUUUCCAUCCCACCAAAGAAAAGUUUGUUAUCAUUAAAGAUAAGUUGAGUAAAGAUUAUAAGAAUUUCGAUUAUGAAACUCCAUAUUAUCAAAUUGGUAAUAAUUUCUUGACUCUUGUUAACGAGAAGACUUAUUUGACAAGAUUUAAAUCCGAGGCUUUGAAAGACAUUACCUUUGAACAGUUCAAUGGUUUUAAGGAUACUCUUUUCCUGUCGAUGUUCAUAGAAUCUUUGAUUGUGGGUAAUACUAAUAUCACAGAACUUCAAAAAAUCGUUAAUCUUUUAGAGUUAAAAGUCCCUGUCAUUAGUUCAUCCAUGGAAGAUAUCAAUAAACAGAUUAAAUUGAAAUCUAUUGAUUUUUCAACUAGUCAAGUAGUUAACUUGGAUCUUUUAGAUAAAGAUCAAGUUAAUUCAUGUAUUGAAUAUUUCAUUAAAGUGGAUUAUAUGGGCAAUUACCUUUCCCAAGCCAAAUUGGAACUCAUUAUAGCUUUAUUGAAUGAACCAUGUUUCAAUCAACUUCGUACUAAAGAACAAUUGGGUUAUGUGGUGUUCUCAAAUCUUAGAAAGGCUAGGAAUUAUUUCGGGUAUAGGAUUUUAGUGCAAUCAGAAAAGAGCUGUAAGUAUUUGAUCACUCGAAUUGAAAGUUUCUUACAUCAAAUGGUUGAAUAUUUAGAAACCAUGGAGGUUGAAGUAUUUGAAAGAUUUAAAGCAUCUUUGAUUGAUAAGAAACUGAUCAAAUUGAAGAAUUUAUCUGAAGAAUCCAAUAAAUUCUGGAAUUCAAUCACCGAUGGUUACUAUGAUUUUGAAUUAAACGAUAAACUUAUUAGUAUUUUAUCCACUUUGACCAAAGAAGAUAUCAUUAGUUUCUAUAAUGGAUUGUUUAGUUUACCUAAAUUGAUAGUUUGUUUGAAUUCAUCUCGGGCUAAGGAAGCAGCUUUGAAGAAGUAUGUGAAACAAUUGGGAUAUGAAGGAGACAUUGUCGAAGAUGUUGAAACUUUAGCUUUGAGAGUGAAUAAAGAUCCGGCUGAUUUGUACAAGGAAUUGGAGGCUAAUUUCCCUGAGUAUGAGUAUAAGGAGGUGAGUCUUGAAGAAUUCAGGGCCAAUGGGUUUGGAGACAUGCCUAAACCGGUUGAACUGUUGAGUAAUUUUGUUUAUACUGAAGUUCAUUUGUGA